AUGGAGAACGCGCCGACGUCGCACGCUCAUGGCGUCAGCCUCGACCUGCGCCUGGACCCUUCUCCGCUCCAUCGCUCCACCUCCGCUGCCGCGCGCGGGGCCGUCGCCGCCGACCACCACCGCCCGGGGGAGGCGUUCGCGUGCAACUACUGCCACCGCAAGUUCCACAGCUCCCAGGCGCUGGGCGGCCACCAGAACGCGCACAAGCUCGAGCGCACCCUCGCCAAGCGCAGCCGGGACAUCCUUGCCGCCGCGCCGCCACCGUCGUCCCCGGCCCCGGCCGUCGUCUUCCACCAUGCCGCCGCGCCGGAAAGCAGCAACAGGAGGAGCGAGUUCGUGCCGACCACGUACUACUACGGCGCCACGCGGACCGCGGGGGAGGACGACGCCAGCGCCAUGGCGCAGCAGGCGGCGCCACCGGGCGUCGUCAUGGGCUGGGGCGCUGACACGGCCGCCGCUGAUGGCGGCUGCGGCCGCCUCGGCAUCGGCCUCGGCGUCGGCCACGCCCAUGGACGGAACGCGGAGGAGAUCGACUUGUCGCUCAGGCUCUGA